GUGGAAAACGAUGUUGCCGAAACAGUGAAGAGCGGUGUCGACAAAGCGGCUCAUGCGGACAAAAUGCGGCUGAUGCUGUCUCAUCAGCUGAAGGAAAGCUGUCUGGUGUUGUUGAGGCUGUCGGUGAGUUUUACCCAUACUGUACAUCUCUUCUACAGAGAUGAACUGGAAUUAGGUGUAUUUUAUAGAGGUAGAAUGUAG